GAUAACAAGAAGUUUCUUUUCGUCCUCGUUCCGUGCGGGCUGCUCCUUGUAAUAGGAGGCGCAAUUGGAAUCAGCUCCAUGCUCAGUAGCGGCGCCGGCGGAGAGGGAGAAGAAGAAGGCUCAGAGUCUGGUACAGAGGGGGAUAACAGUGUGGUUUACGACCAAUCUGGGGCCCCAAGCACACCGAGUAGGACCACGUCGACUACGAGUACGACCACGUCGACUACGAGUACGACCACGUCGACUACGAGUACGACCACGUCGACUACGAGUACGACCACGUCGACUACUACCACCACCACGACCACUAAAACACCUCUAGAUCCACAGUUGAUGGUCUGUACAAGCUCUUCUGUUACCUCUACUGUGCCAGAUGGACUGUGCCACUUCUACAUGUACAGGCCAUCAUAUGCUCCUUUCAAGAUUUCUACUCUGAAGUUCGAAUUCUCGACAACACGCUUUGGCAUUGAUAUUGAGCAAGAGGUCCGAUCAGACGCUAUGAAACAGCUAGACACCCCAUCUGGCAUGACCUCAAUUAGGGAUCUGUACCGAAACGGGACAUUGCACUUCAGCGUCCUUGACUUUGACAUCACAACGAAGACGUCGAAUGCCGAAGUGGACCAGUUGAUAAAAUUUCUCAAGACAAUCAGCAAGGUGCAGUUUGAUGAGAGGGAAGGAAGGAAUUUCGGCUACCUGUUCGUUGGUGUCUCCCCCAUCGGAAGCGACUCUGGUAACACGAUCAGAGAUCAUGUUCAACGUAUUAUCGAGGAAGCACGUCCUGACGGUAUUUUAUUCCUGACCACCUAUGUCCGCUUGAAAUCCCAAGGAAGCGAAUGCUUCAUUGCGGCACCUUCGGUCUGGACUGUGCCGACAGGAACAGCGCCUCGCCAGCCGACAUUUGUUACUUCGUUGGACUUGCGACGGACACUGCAGAUCCCUAAGACAACAAUCCAGCUUCUGUCUCUCACACCUCACACCAGGGGGACAUAUAUGACCUUAGAUAUUUACCAUCCCCCUUCAUUUGACUCCAAUACAGCUUGCAACGUUUCACUUUCAGAAGACAUGCAUCAAUACAGUGAAGUAAUUGACCAUGCCGUCCAUGAUGUUGAAGCAAGCGCAAACGAAGGAAAGUUCUGCAUCUACGGAGAGUACCACGAUGAUUAUCUUAAAACAACCGGUCGCGACAUUUGUGACCACGUGAGGCUGUCGCGAGGUGUGGCGUAUAACAAGAAGUGGUACGAAGGGUACGACGAUGUGAAACUUAUGAAACUGAAGAUGUGCAAAGCCUACCGCGAAUACGGCUAUCAGGGUGGCUGGGUGAUGUUCGACAUCUACAGGGAUGAUGUGAAGAAAAUUUGCUUUGAACCGAACGGUACCUAUGGAUUUACAAGUGCGGUAAAGAAGUACAUGUAUGAACGACGGUCAAGCUGUGAAAGUGUGGACAGUGCGUGCAAAAGAGAAGAGCCCUACCACAUUUGAACUGUACCUUUGGGCCACCAAGCGACACUGCAUCCUGGAUAGCAUAGCUGAUUGCAGUAGUCAAUCCUAAAUUCCUUCCAUUUGCUGGUCAUACAGAUAUGUGACGUAGCGUAUCCGAAAUGUGCGUAGUUUUUAAGGUCAACUGUAAGGUCAAUUUGUCGCGCACUUCAUACAGUAGUAUCAGCGGAAAGCAAAACCACUGUUUCUAGCAUGUACAUUGUGUAGCGUUACGUACAUAAGGAUCCUCUAUUAUGUAGAAACCCCACAGAAAACAUACAAAUACACGAACACAAUCUAAGUGGACAGUAAGUAUCUGAUUGUGUAAGUAUCUCACCUCGAUUGUGAAACGUUGUUGUGUGUCGUAGUAGUCGUGUGUGGAUGAGAUUCCUGUUGGAAACGACGGAUUCACCUCCAUGGAUUGAUGCUCUGCGGUGCUAUGUUAGAGGUGGUUUCGUAAGAAUUUGUUGUUCUACGCGCACGCAGUCAUACGUCAGAUUGGGUUAUCUAGCGUGAGUAAAAGCACAUUGCAUAUCCA